CUUCUCUUCCUAUAUCUCUCGUAACUUACAGAAAACAUCUAAUGAUCUAUGACGGCUCACCAUCUCCCAGAAGUAAAUACACCACUUCCCACUCCUCUUUCCACUUCUCUAUCUAUACAUACAAGUUACACUGUUUAUACAUUCCAAAUAAAUAUAUACACACACGAUUCGUUUUCUUAUUUUAACACUUAAAAAGAACGUUACUCAAAUAUCUAUCCCCUCUCAAUUGAAAUGGCUGAUCAUGAACAUCUGUGGAGCUGGUCAGAGUCCAACGACUAUGAUUCAUUCCUUCAAGAAGAAAACUUAUUCUCCUUACUCGAUCAAUCACUUUCCUUCGAUUACAAUUCUUUCGUUAACCCUUUUAAUGAUCUUCAAAAUGAAACUUGGUUUUCUUUACAAGACAGCAUUAAUCUUGAUCCCAUCUCCACUUGUUUUCCUGCUGUUGAUCAUAUGUCUAUGGCUUCAGUUGAUCUUGAAGCCUUCUCUACUUUGUCUCAAGGUAUAAUAUAUUAUUUUUCAUUUAUGUUUAUACAUACGUGUACGUACAUGCAUGCUUGGAUUGUUAUACUAAUCUUUUGUCGUGUAGCAGAUGUAUUUGGUGAAUUGUGGAAUGAAAAUGCUAGUAAUUUCAAUAAUCAUGUCGAACCAGAGAUGGAGAUAAUAUUGCAUGAUGGUAAUAACACAACGAAGGAGACCACAAUGCAGAAGAGGAGGUAUAGAGGAGAUAGACUAAUCCAGAAAUUUUCCAGGGAAGAUAUGAAACCAUACUUCAAGAUGCCGAUUACUAAAGCAGCCAAAGAGCUUGGCGUUGGACUAACCCUCUUGAAAAGGAGAUGUCGUGAGUUGGGUUUUUCUCGUUGGCCUCACCGUAAGCUUACGAGCAUUGACGGCCUUAUCAAUAACCUCAAGGAUCACUUAGGGAAGAUGGAAGGAGAAGUGAACAGGAGUAAGCUGAUGAACGCUUUGGAGAUUUUGGAGGCGGAGAAGAAAAUGAUUGAAGAGUUUCCUGAUUUGGAGUUUGAAGAUAAGACCAAGAGGUUGAGACAGGCUUGCUUUAAAGCUAACUACAAACGAAGAAGGCUCUUGUGUUCUAUGUCUACUACAUCGUUUGUUUCGUGAGAGUAAUAGCUUGUCUAGGGAGAGAGAGAGAGGAGAAGUGAUCUAACCAAGUAACCAAC